CUCAACAUGGCGGCCCGAACACGCCGUUUCCUUUGUCUCUCCCGCCUCCAUCCUUCUGCGGGCGCCCAAGCGGAUGUGAGCCGCCGCUGACUUCCGGUUUCUCUGGCGUGGACCCUGGACCCUUCUCCACGGGGAUUCCGCCCCCUCCUCGGGAUCUGCUGCCUCUGCCUGUGGAUCAUGCUGCUGCCGCUGCUGCUGCCCGCGCUGAGCGCCCUGGCCUCUGCCGUGGAGGUGAAGCGACCCCGGGGUGUCUCUUUGACCAACCAUCACUUCUACGAGGAAUCGAAGCCGUUCACCUGCCUGGACGGGUCCUCGACCAUCGCCUUCGAGUGGGUCAAUGACGAUUACUGCGACUGCCAGGACGGCUCGGACGAGCCAGGGACCUCGGCUUGCCCCAACGGCCGGUUUCACUGCACCAACGCCGGCUACCGGCCGCAGUACAUCCCCUCCUCCCGCGUCAAUGACGGCGUCUGCGAUUGCUGCGACGCCACGGACGAGUACAACAGCGGCUUCGUGUGCGAGAACACCUGCAAAGAGAUGGGCCGGAAGGAGCGGGAGGCGCUGGCGCAGAUGGCAGAAGUGGCCAGGGAAGGCUUCCAGCUCAAGCAGGUGCUGAUUGAAGAAGCGAGCAAGGGCAGGGAAGACAAGCAGAGGACACUGGCGGAGUUACAGGAGGGGAGGAAGUCUCUGGAGGAGCAAGUGGAGACGCUGAGAUCGGUGAAGGAGGCAGCAGAGAAGCCAGAAAAGGAAGCCAAGGAGAUUCACCAGAAGAAGUGGGAGGAACAGAAGGCGGCCGAGAAGGCGGCGCAGGAGCAGGCCCGAGCCAGCGACGCCUUCCAGGAGCUGGACGAUGACGGGGACGGCCUGGUGUCAGUGGCCGAGCUCCAGACCCACGUGGAGCUGGAUGUGGAUGGAGACGGGACCCUCUCGGAAACGGAAGCCCAGACUCUUCUGGGGAACGCCCUGCAGGCCGACGCCUCCAGCUUCCGGGACACCGUGUGGGCUGCAAUCAAGGAAAACUACAAGCCCGAGGGCCUGCCUGACGCCGCUCCCCUGCCCGAGGCCCCGGAGCCCCAGCCGGACCUGCCCUUGGAGCAGCCGGCCCCCGAGGACGACUACGAUGAGGAAGAGGAAGAGGAGGGCGACGAUGACGAGAGCAACGAAGAGGAGCCGAAGGUCCCCCCGCUCAAGCAGCCGGCCGACAAGACAGCGGAGCAGGACGAAGCGGAGAAGAUGCCCCCUUAUGAUGAAGCAACACAGGCCCUCAUUGACGCCGCCCAGAAAGCCCGGGAGCAGUUUGAAGAAGCCGAAAAGUCCCUGAAGGAAAUGGAGGAUUCCAUCCAGAGCCUGGAGAAGGAGAUCUCCUUUGAUUUCGGCCCCCAGGGGGAGUUCGCGUAUCUCUACAGCCAGUGCUACGAGCUCAGCACCACCGAGUACGUUUACCGGCUCUGCCCCUUCAACAGAGUGUCCCAGAAACCCAAAAACGGCGGCGCCGAGACCAACCUGGGCACGUGGGGUUCGUGGGCCGGCCCGGACGAGAACAAGUUCAGUGUCAUGAAGUACGAACACGGGACGGGCUGCUGGCAGGGCCCCAACCGCUCCACCACCGUGAAGCUGACGUGUGGCAAAGAGACCGUGGUCACGUCCACCACGGAGCCGAGCCGCUGCGAGUACCUGAUGGAGCUGGUGACGCCGUCCGCCUGCCAGGAGCCCCGCGACCCUGGCGCCGCCGACCACGACGAGCUGUGAGGGGCCGGGAGAGCCAGAGUCUCUCUCCUGCGGCCCCACUUCCCAGCCAGGCCAUUCCAGGGGGUGGCUGAGUGACUCUCCUCCCCCAGCCCCGAUCCGGACCUCACCACUGCCCACGGCUGUGCCCGCCCCCCGCUGCCCCCACCAGGCUCUCCCAGCUGCCCAGAAAGACGCCCACAGCCCGCCAGCUGCCUUCUCGACACCAGAAUGUGAGUCGUGCCCUGUGCCCGCCGGGCAGCUGCCAGGCUGCGUCCACUGGAUUCCCCGUCAGCCUGGCACCGGUCCCUGGCAGUGCCCCCAACGCCCUGGGUGAUCUUCCGUGAGCAGCUCUGCUGGGGGCACUGCCCGUGUGCCCAGCGACUCGGGGGUCCGGUCACCGGCAGAGGGUCCCAAGGCCAAGAACUUCCAUGCCAUGAGGGCGCCCCCCCUUCACCCCAGGAGCUGCCCCCCGCCCCCAGCCCCUGCAUCGACUGAGCCAAGCAGGGAGGCCGGGGGCGGGGAGGCACUCAGGGGUCGCGACCCCCGGCCAGCGCCGAGGGAGCGAGCGGAGAGAACGUGCGUCAAGGAUUCCCAUCCCAAUAAAGGACGUUUCUCCCCA